AUGAAAGACACUCAUCCCACCUCCAUCAGAUCCUCCACCCAAGCCUCCCGCCCCUACCCAGGCACCCCACGCCCUAACCCUUCCACCCCCCGCGCUGGACCAAGGUUCUUCCCACAGAACGUUCUACAAGACGACGAAGACAUGGGGACAGACGCCCCACCGUACGACACUUCCCCCCUGUCCCCACACCUCUCAUCACUCUCCCCACUGUCCACUCCCACCCCACACCCAAGGGCGUCGCCUGACCAACCCCUACCAGAUGACCUGCUCCUUUCCCCAGAGGAGCAACACAACGCCGACUCCCCACCCAGCGGCUUGACACAGGCGUCUGACAGCGGCCUCGCAGAAUCCAUCCAUGCCCCAAACGAUGAUGGAGGGGACCACCAAAUGAGCACCUCAGCCCUGCCUCACACCCUGAGUGCGGAGGAACAAAACAUCCUCACUCACCUUGCACUUGCGGGACAAAACUGUGCAGCAGUCCAGAACGACGGUCCACACCACGUCACGGACCUCCCUCAGUUCACACCCACCCCACUGGGCGGUUUCCCCCAAACCCACCUGGCACACUCCGCCCAAGUCUUCGACCACCUAGAUAACAAGGUGCUCUUAGCUUGGUUCCAAGUGGAACACCCUAAAUUCGUGGUCCGCGUCUUCGACCAAACCGGAAAAGAUGUGCUUGACAAAGCAGCCAUCCUCGCAGAACGAAUCAGGGCGAACAUCUCCAUUGUUGCCAACUUCAUACACCAAGAGGCGCAACCAGUGAGGGUGUCACCCCCGCAACCACAAGGCAGCAAAUACCUCCCCCUCAGCUUCCUCGUAUAUAAUAUCUCUCCUGAAACAAGGGACCUCAUCCUAUCCCAGCGUGUAUGGUCCGCAACAGAUAUCACCUUCGAAGCACGCCCGCCUGACCUCCUCUUCUGUGUCACGGGCUUUACAUCGCCUGACACAGACAUCGUCCAGAAGACAAUCGCGGAUGUCUGGGCAUACGAAGACAACCGAGCCCACAUCAACGAUAUCCUGUCCAUGAGUGAAAUCCCGGAGGAAAAAGUACACAUUGCUACCUGGAACCUGAUCAGGUCUAUCCGCGUCGAACACCUAGACUUCAAAAUAGCAGGUGGCCUCCCUGUCCCUCGCUUUAACAUCUUCGCGCAUAGCCCAACCUGCGAUGCGAAGGCAUGGACAGAGCUCUGCUCCUACCUCCGCAUCCUAGAUUACCCGACUGGCUUAGACGGCUGUGGCACAGCUGUUGCCCUGACACAAUGCCCUAUAUGCCACUCUAUUGCACACCCCAGAGGCCUAUGCCCUUUCCCCUUCGUAACCCAAUGGAACGGCCCCAAAAUCAAUGUCAAACUCCCGUCGCAAUCCUCCAGACAGCCAGGAAAUGGUAGAGGCUGCGGGCGCCGCUAUAACUAG